GUCAGCGCUUCUGUCGGUGGCGCCAUCUCGUUUUCUACUGAUAAAACUGGUAGAUUGAUGUGCGUUAGAUUUAGCUUUGAGUUAAAAUCUAUUUUUCGAGUGUUGAAAAUGUACAAUAGCAUAGACUCAAAAAUGGGGGUUUAAUAUUUAAUUGGCGCCGCCAGGCAUGCGCUGGCCUGAACGUCCGAUAUUCCAAUAACAUAACCUCAAUUUCUCCAAUAAUUGAGUAAUGUCAAAAUAUGGUAAGAACGUAAAGGAUACGUGAAACUUACGCCUCUUUCACCGAUGAUAAUGAACAUACUACUCAAAAACAGCUAGUGAAACUCCACCAAACCAUAGACAUGAUAAGAAGAAUCCUGAACAGUAUCGUGGAAUCUGCCUCACAACCCAUCGAGCCUACAAUUUUUCCCCAUCCAUUCACGAAGCCAGAAACUGUGCCUUUUUCGUGGCUGACAACAAGAGCACCAUGCUUCCCCAUAAAGGCAGACAACGUUACUAUCCUUACAAAACCUGAACAGUUUUAUAACAUUCUUCUAAAGCACUGUCAGUAUGCCAAAGAUCGAGUAACACUUGCUAGUCUCUAUAUUGGAAAUGGAGACCUAGAGAAGAAACUCGUGGGUACAUUGAAGUCAAAUAAAGAGUUCUUAGCAAAUAAAUUAAAAAUAAACAUUCUUCUAGAUUACACAAGAGGUAGCAGAUAUGAAAAUAACUCAAGAACCAUAUUGUUGCCACUAGUUCAACAAAGUAAUAACUGUACAGUUUCUUUAUACCAUACUCCAGUUUUGAGAGGGAUUUUGAAAAGAUAUACACCAGACAGAUGGAAUGAACUAUAUGGAUUACAGCAUAUGAAAUUAUACAUUUUUGAUGAUACUCUCAUCAUCAGUGGUGCAAAUUUGUCAAAUGAUUAUUUUACAAAUAGACAAGAUAGAUAUAUAGUCAUCAAAGACAAAAGACUGAGUGAUUUUUACUGUGGGCUAGUAAAUAGGGUACAAAAAUUCAGCUUAAAAAUGAACAAAGACAACCACUUGAGUCUUGACAGUGAUUGGAAGAUAUUGCCAUAUCAAGGGAAUAAGUUUGAAUUUAUAGAAAAAUCUGCAGACAUUAUUGAACAAUAUAUGGUUGAAAAUAUUCAAGAAAAUGCUCAUAAAGAAGAAGGCUUUGAUACAUGGAUGUUUCCAAUGGUGCAAAUGGGACAGUUAGGAAUUGAGCAAGAUGCACAAAUCACAGACAAAAUUUUAGCUGAUACCCCUCCAAAUAGCAGGUUGAAAAUUGCAACUGGAUAUUUCAACUUAACUAACCAGUUCACAAAUACCAUAAUAAGAAAAAGUAAAGCCCAAUGUGAUAUAUUGAUGGCACAUCCAAAGGCAAAUGGAUUUUUUGGUGCUCAAGGUGUAGCAGGUGGAAUACCAUAUGCCUACUCACUAAUAGCAAGAACAUUCAAAGAAAAUUGCAAAAAAGCAGGGCAAGAGCAAAGGGUAAAGCUCUUUGAAUACUUCAGGGAAGGUUGGACUUACCAUGGCAAAGGAUUAUGGUAUUAUCCACCAAACCAAGACACCCCAUGUGUAUCGCUGAUAGGUUCUCCAAACUUCGGAGAAAGAUCAGUGAAAAAAGACCUGGAAUCACAGAUGGUAAUCAUCACAGAAAAUGAAACUUUGAGAGACCUACUUCAUGAAGAAUGUCGUCAAUUGUUCCAGCAAGGUUUACCUGCUGACACUAAUAGAAAAGGCCCCCUAUGGGUUCAUACGUUCGUCUUACUGUUUAAGAGUUAUUUUUGAAGGCUAUGAGCAAUCUUUGUCUACCUCACAAUAAGCAUGUAGUUUCAUUUUUUAUGCUGUAAAAUGUCAAGUAUUACUCUAAGCGUAAUAAGAUACUUAUUUUUUAUUAUUGCUUCUGCAUGCUUGUACUAGGGCGGUCCGAUAAGUAAUUAGCCUCGGGGCCAAAUCUGGAGAAUACAGUGGAUGGAGCAGCAGUUCCUAGCCAAAUUCGACCAUUUGGCCGUGACGACGGCGGAGGUGUGAACCGGAUUAUCAUGGUGGAAAUGCAUUUUUUUCUUCGCCAAAUGGGUCCGUUUUUUUUUUUAGGAAUCGGCUCAAUAAUAUGGCAUAGUAGAGCCCUGUGAUCGUUUUGGCCUUCUCCAGAUAGUUGAUGUACACACACACCUUAUGAAUCCCAGAAAAUGGUGGCGAUCACCUUUCCGGCCGAUAGGACAAGCGCAACCGCUCUGGUCAGCCAACGCAGUUUUCUCAUACCCAAUAUUUCAUGCAGCUAUCUCGCGCACCUUCAAUCGGCGGUCUGCCAAUACGAGAUCAUGGAUUUUAGUCACGUUAUCCUCCGUGUUAGCCGUUUUCGGGACAACUGCGCGUGGCUCAUCAAAAACUGACGUGCGACCACUUUGUAUUCGUUAAACCUAUUUUUUACGGUCGCCAUCGAAGGUAAAGAAUCACCGUACACAGCAUCAAAGUCCAAGCGCUCCAAUUUCCCUUUCAGAAACAAUCGAUAUUCUUUUCCAUUUUUCUAAAAUUCGCGGACACGCAAGUUUCAAGCGCGGUCAAAACCACAAGAGUUCAAUUCGGCUGAAAUUUUAACAGUAUCCGUCUAUUAGAAUGUACUACACGAUAGUGGCGGUGAAGUCAAGUACUUAUCCGACCUCCCUCGUAAAUGGAGCUUAUGCCCAUUAUUUUUGUCAUACUUUCCACCUGUAUUAAACAUGAAAUGUUUAUAAAACUAUGAAACCGUGUCAGUACUUUUUUAAUAUACAUCUUGACUUAUUUGCUUCCAAAUUACCAAGCCCAAAAAAUAUUUAGAAUUGCCGUUUCCAAAAUCGUGCAGUGACGAUGCAACGUUGAAACUCCAUAUUCCAGAAUUCACACGUUUUUGUCAGAACCUAUGGAAAUUGUGCGUAACGUUAUGUGGGAAUGAUUGCAAGUAUAAAAAAAUCUGGCUUUUUGUCAAUUUAUAUUACCAUAAAUAUGUAAAAACAUUGCAGCU